AUGGGUGAGAAAAAUACGGCAGAGACACAAUCAUCCUCCGCUGUCAUUGGACUACAUACGAAUAAUGGAUCAUCGGUAGCUGCACUCAAAGCCACGACUCUUCUUCAACACACAGCUACAUCAAACGAAAAAGAAGCCAAUAUACUAAAAACACCAUCUACUCAACAAACAGCAGGAACAAAAAUGAACGAAGCAGAAUCCAAUGGAACCCAAAUUAAGAUUUGGAGUCAAAUCGACGGAAACGAUCCAGAAAAAGUGACGCUUCAUGCUUCUGCUGAUAUUGAUGACCUAAAAGAAAAACUGCUUGGACAAGGUGCCAAACGUUUUUAUCAUGCUUACUACAAGGGCACAUCACUGGAGUCUGGAGAGAAAGUUCCACUGGAUACAGUGAGUCAUCAACCAGUAGUACUUGAAAAAUUUAACGCAACUCAGGAAGCAGCAGCUAAUAGUAUAUUAUUCUAA